CACUCCUCUCCAGCUCUCCUCCCUACCCUUCCCUCCCCUGCCGGUGCUUGCCGCCGCCGUCAGAGAGGGCGAGGAGGGCGGCUAGGUGGAGAAGAAGCAGCAGCAGCAGCAGGAGGAGGAUGGGGUUCAUCUCGUUCGUCGGGAGGGUGCUCUUCGCCUCCAUCUUCCUCCUCUCCGCCUACCAGGAGUUUAGUGAAUUUGGGACUGACGGUGGACCAGCAGCAAAGGCAUUGAAGCCAAAAUUCAAUCUAUUUAUGCAGCAAGUGUCGAAGAAUUUAGGAAUGGCGGUGCCACAUAUUGAUAUAAAAACUGUCAUUGCGGCUCUCAUGUUCCUUAAAGGCUUUGGUGGUCUUCUGUUCAUUAUCAGCAGCUCAUUUGGAGCAUUCCUACUGCUUGUUUACUUGGCGUUUAUAACACCUGUCGUGUACGACUUCUACAACUAUGAAAUGGAGUCAUCACAGUUUGUUCAACUUUUUGUCAAGUUCUCACAGAACCUGGCACUUUUUGGUGCACUUCUUUUCUUCUUGGGAAUGAAGAACUCUAUUCCAAGAAGACAUUCCAAGAGGAGGACUGGAAAGACCAAGACGAACUGAAACCAGCAACUGCAGUAGGGGAAGAUAUAUGUCGUCCUUAUGUUUGCAUACUUCACAACAGUACACGUCUCAAUUUUCCUCUUGAUACUCCCUAGAAAUUGUGAAUUGGGGACUUCAGAACCUAGUAUGUAGGAUACCUAAGUUGUCUUUAUCAGUUCUGUUAUCAGUAUAUUCCGUUGUCUCUUCUGUCAUCAAAGUGUCAUUGUGCUACCGAAAUUGUUCUGUCAAAAGAUCAAAUAGAUUCAUAGCAAUUGUUUCCA